AUGGAUCCUAUCCAAGAUCCAAAUGGCUACCUACCCCGACCAAGCGGUACCGUCCCUCGCCAAUAUGCCAUCCCCGCUGCCUCCGGCGUCCCUGGCCACCAGCGGCAGCGUUCUGGAGUCCUCAGCUAUGCCGAACAUGAGAUGAUGAGGCAGAGGAAAACGCCAUAUGGCCGAUUGUCCGAGCAAGACACGGCCGUGCUGGAUAAGAGCGUCCAGUUCCCUGCUUCCAAACAUGUCCUCCUGUCAGCUUCUCCCGACUUCCAGCGGAAUACCUCUUCUCUUACGCCGCAGUGGGCCGGCUCUCAUCAGCCGCAACAGCGAGGUGGCAUGUCUGGUUCUGACUUUGCAACAGACGGGAGAUACGACAGGCAAUCGCAGCCGUUUCCCUACAGACCAGCCUGGGACUUUCCCGGUGGUCUCGACUCGAUGCUAAAUCAGACUCUACCACUCCAACCAACACAGAGGUAUUAUUUUCAACAUGGAUCCAACAUCCCUACCGUUCUUCCCUCCACCCUCCACUCUCAAUUCGGGCCUACGGCGUCGGCAGGCCAAGAGGUAUACGGACCAUAUUGGCCGGACGGCACUUACAAUCCCUAUCGUCCAGCAUCCAUCCGAGACAGUCGAGUCUUUCCACGCGCCCCUGCUGAACGAUUUCCACUAGAUCAUCAUGAUCUACAGUCCCAGACUUUGAGGAAACCGGGGCGGCUCCCAGCUGCAGAAGACAACCCCUACAUCCAGAAUCCUCCGCCACACUUUUUGAGUACCCCAGUGAAUUUUGUCAAGUCACCCUCAUCCAAGUGGAAUUACUCUACAAAUGCGUAUCACACUGCACAGUAUCCCUACCAUCAGCCUUAUUCGGGCACCGAGCACUCCCUGUCCGGCUCGAUGGUCGCGGCGAAACCGGCCUUGAACUCUCUCAUUCCUGCACCUAGUUCAGAGCGAAUCGCGUUUAGGGAUAGGGCUUUUGCUUGGGCGAACGGGGUCUAUACGGAGCUUCUUCAGACGAUUCGAAAUAGCACAAAAGAGCAGCGGGCGAACAUACACGCCGGGGCCGGUACAAGGACAGCAACGAAGCCUACGAUCUUUCCUCGGCCGCCUAUGAGAUCCGGAUCGCAUUUUCAGGAGGAAUCGAGCGGCCAGUUGAGCCGGACCCAAGAAACGUCGAAAAAUCCCAUCUUUCAUGUUGGUAGUCAGCAAUCUGUCCUCGACCCUCCUCGGCCUCAAACGGCUAUCUUCAGGCCCCAAAAAACUCACAAUGACCAUGAUUUCAAAGCGUUCCAAGGGCAAAGAGAGCCACAACACAUACCUCCGGAUAGAAUCCCGGAAGUUCGGCAGGUUCGCAACUCAACGACUGCGGACGCGCCCCAACCGCCGUCUUUCAAUGACUCGGCAAAGGCAGCUCUGGGAACGAUGGAACUGCUCUGUCAAGAGGCCGACACCCCCUGGGUGGAUGGCAUGCUAUUAGCAGGAUGCCUGGCAUAUGGGCUUGGUAACUACGCCAAAGCCGAAGAAUGGUAUCAGGCAGUGUUAAGGCAGGAUGCCUGGCAUGUCGAAGCCAUGUCCAACCUUGCUGCGACUUAUCAUGCUCUUCAUCGCCGUGAGGAUGCGCUUCAGUACUGGUCGGACGCCGUUAGCUUGAGACCCAGUUAUUUUGAGGCGGUUGAGCAUCUAAUCGGGCUAUUGUGUACAAGCCACCGUACGAGAGAAGCAGUCAGUGUGAUCGAAUAUGUUGAAAGCACGCUGCGCAUACGACCUGAAGACUCCCAAACGGCGUGGGGUGAACUGAGUGACGCAGAAAGCGACACCAGGAGCCACACCUCCAGCAUCGCCACCGUGGCAUCAUACGAUACUGGUCAAUAUGACUUCGACAUCGGCUCGGGCAACCUGCACUCGGCGUGGGGACUUGAGACUCAACCGCCGGGCUUUGGGUCAAGCGGUUACGCGAUUCCAGGGGCGGAUAAUGGUCGCAUGUUGGCCCUCAUCCAUGCCAAAGGGAAUAUGCUCUACGCUCUGGGAAACAAUAGCGGCGCCGCAGCCGCGUUUGAAGACGCUGUGUUGAUCGCGACGGGUCAGAGAAACCUAGGCAUCAAAGGGCUGAUCAACGACAUUUUGAGCGCUUGCUUGAGCAACAUCAGAGAUUUGGAGUAUGUUCGGUCCAAAUUAGAAGGCAAGGAGCCAAUCUUGCUUGCACCCGAACACGCCGAAGCCACGGCUAGGCUUAUGUUUCCUCCUGAAGGUGACCUUCCCGGGCUGGAGCAUGUGUCGAUACCGUUCGCCGUCUCAGCUGCCGUCUCUACCACGAGCAACUCUCUUCUUUCUCUCGCCAAGAUCUAUCAGGAUGGCAUGUCUAACGUCACUGAUAUCGGGAGUUUGAGGACUCCGUCGACACGGGAGAUACUUGCGUUAUACUACCUAUCCCUCUCCCUACAGCGGAGCCCGUCCACGGCCAACAACGUGGGUAUUCUGCUCGCAGGUGUCCAGCAAAGCGUACAUCCCGGCCACCUUGCAGACCCGAACUUCGCCCAAUUUUCCAACAUUCCCGGGGUGGUUGCCGGAAGUGGCAUUCAGCUGGCUCUCAUGUACUACAACUAUGGCCUCAAUCUUGAUUCGAAGCACGCCCACUUGUACACGAAUCUGGGCAGCUUGCUCAAAGACAUUGGCCAGCUUGGGGCUGCGAUCAAAAUGUACGAGCGCGCGGUGAGCUGUGAUGGCCAGUUCGACAUUGCUCUGGCGAAUCUUGCAAAUGCCGUCAAAGAUCAGGGCCGGGUGGCGGACGCCAUUGUAUACUAUCGACGAGCUGUGGCCGCAAAUCCCGACUUUGCCGAGGCUGUCUGUGGUCUUGCCACGGCGUUGAACUCGGUCUGCAGCUGGCACGGUCGCGGUGGAGUGUGUGCCGGGGAACGAUUCCGUGAUCGACUUCAUGUGGACGACGUUGGCAUCAAACACGCACCGUCUCGGCCAUAUGGCUGGAUCAAUAGAGUGGUCGAGAUUGUCGACAAACAACUCAAAGAUGGCGAGACCUGGGGCUGCGGGACUUUGACUCCUGCGAUGAUCGAGUCUCUGUCAGCCCAGGUGACGCUACACAGGCAGUCAUUCACGGACAACCGACGAGCUCAAGCAAUGGAUGCUGUGCGGCAGGCCCUACGACUCUGGUCGGGCCAAAAAUGGGAAGGGUCACGCAUUGUGCGACUGGUUGAGCGCGCCAUCCGCCAGAUUGGGUGGCAGUGGUAUCAGGAUCUCUACAAGCACGGAAAGGAAUGCUCGUCCCGGAAGUACGCUCGGCCAUACCUGCCCAGCUCCCUCUCCACUCCAUCGGCACCGACUGUGCUGCCGUUCCACACCUUUACGGCCCCUUUGUCGGCGAAACAGAUUCGACAGAUCUCGCAGCGUAACGCGCUUCGGAUAUCUGUCGGCACGCUUAGAUCGGCGUGGCUGCCGGCCACUGUGUUCCAGCCGCCUGCGCCCCCCAAGCCUUGCCUGAAUGUUGGCUAUGUCAGUUCCGACUUCAACAAUCACCCUCUGGCGCAUUUGAUGCAAUCGGUUUUUGGCCUGCACGAUCCGACUCGAGUGCGAGCGAUCUGUUAUGCCACCACUGCUUCCGACGGCUCGAUUCAUCGACAACAAAUUGAACGCGAAGCUCCGGUAUUUUAUGAUGCUUCCUCUUGGAGCGUUGAACGAUUGGUGAAGCAAAUUGUCCGCGACAAUGUCCAUGUCCUGAUCAAUCUGAAUGGGUACACUCGCGGAGCCCGGAAUGAGGUCUUUGCCGCCCGACCCGCCCCAAUACAUAUGUCGUUCAUGGGGUUUGCCGGUACUCUGGGGGCCGAGUGGUGCGACUAUGUGUUUGCUGACACCAUCGCGGUGCCGCCGGACACACUGGCCCCAUGGCGACGCAAUGUCGACAUCGAAGAUCGGCUCCGGCCCGAUGCCCUCGUGGAAGAUGAAGAUGACUGGGUAUAUGCGGAGAACCUCAUCUUUGCCCGAGACACUUUCUUUUGUGUGGACCACAAGCAAAGCGCCCCUGAGGCCGAAGCAGGACCUCCAAAGCUUCUGGACCGCGCCAGCCGCGAAGCGGCGUGGAACCAAGAGCAGGACAGGCGAUGGAGAAUGAGGAAGGAGUUGUUUCCGACCUUGCCCGACAACGCCGUGAUUCUGGGCAAUUUCAAUCAGCUGUACAAGAUCGAUCCCGCGACGUUCGACAUGUAUCUGCAGAUCCUGCAGAAGGUGCCGAAUGCGGUCUUGUGGUUGUUACGAUUCCCGGAUCUGGGCGAACAGAACCUGCUGAAAUACGCGCGUGAUUGGGCGGGCGCCGAAGUCGCGUCGAGAAUCGUGUUCACGGAUGUCGCGGCCAAAGGAACACACAUUACGCGGGCGUCUGUGGUGGAUUUGUUUCUCGACACCCCGGAAUGCAAUGCUCACACCACGGCCGCCGACGUGAUCUGGUCUGGCACGCCGAUUGUCACCUGGGGCAAGUGGAAGUACAAGAUGUGCAGUCGGAUGGCAGGAAGUAUUGUGGCCAGUGCACUUCCCGAGGGACGUGAAGGCGACGCGGCCCGGCGGGAUCUGCUUGUCAGAGGUGAGAAGGAGUACAUCGACAUGGCCACCAAGCUCGCUCGAGGUCUCCAGUAUCCGACAGCGUCCAGUGCGGCGGGACAGAAGGUCGGAUGGGGAAAGGGCCGGCUGGUGGAUCUUCGACGGAUGUUGUGGGAAGGGCGGUGGACCAGUCGUCUCUUCAACACGAAGCGGUGGGUCAGGGACGUGGAACAGGCGUAUUGGGCGGCAUGGGAGAAAUGGGAGAGGGGUGAGGGCGGCGAUAUAUGGUUACGAAGCGGACGGAAAUGA